ACGAGCGCCGGCGAGCGGAAGAAGAACGUUGGUAACACGAAACGGCGAAUGGAUUCACAUGGAGCCACUCUGCAGAAAAGGAGUAACAAAUACAGCUCUGUUGGAUGGAUUUCGACAGCCAGGAUCAUAAUUUAAAAUCUAAUUUAAAUUUAAUGUCGGUGAACCACGUUGCAGCGACAUGGUAAUAUUUUUUGAAUGGUACCGGACAGCUAUGGAACAGAAGAGCAGCAGCGGUUUGCCAAUGACUGGUGAAGACACUGGUUUGGGUGCUUUGGCCUCGCCACUGGUGGGGUAUUUGGGAAAAGUUCAGGAAAGAGCUGCUUCCCUGGAGUAUUGUCCCUGGUGUACUUCAAAGGGUUUGACCUAUGCUCUGCGCUCUUACCGCAUCAACCUCCAGGAGUCCAUCACCCUCUGCACAAACCCACAGUGCCUUUUCCCUCUGGUCAGCCGGUCUUUGGAGGAUAUUUUGGCUAGCUUGGAUCCUGUGGAGCCCACUGUUGGGAAGAAAAGAAAACAUGCCUUGGCACUGGAAGAGGAAGACUUGAUUACACCGGUAUUCAAACGCCCCGCACACAAACGCCUGCAGUCAUGUGAACUUGACGGUCUUGGUUCACAAAGUAAUACGGACACAUUAAUCGGCCAAGCAGAGCACGGUGCUGUAAACGUCAGUAAUGGCCAACUUGCAGCACUCAAGGCAGAUGAUGAAAAGGUAAAUGGAUACGCAGAGGCAACAGGACAGGAGUCACUACAAGAUGAGGAUGAUGUUCUGGACAAGGAGUUAGAGAAUGCCUCUUGUACAAAUGGUUUUGCUCCUCCUACAUGCUUGACACCACUUGGGCCCCUGCAGUGCUCACCAGAAGCCUUGCUGACUGCGGAUGGGGAUGAACCUGUGCUCUCUCCUCUCCAGGGUGCUCCUGGUACAUUAAAGGCAGAGGAUGACUUCAGGAAUCUGAAAAGUCAUCCCGAGGUGCUGAGCAGAUGCUGCAGUUUGGACCCCAAUCAUUCCUUUCCCACAAAUGAGGACAUUUAUUCAACUGCAGUUAAUACUCCAUCACCUCAGCGCAAUCAGCAGACAGCAAGGCCGGAACACAAAUCACUGACUGCAGACAUCACUGCGUCUAAGGACACGGGAGUCAUUAAGUCAGAAACUGAGGAUUUGUCCUCUACCACGAUAACAGAGUCAGAGAAGCUCGUGUCUGUUCCGAGUCAGCUUUUCUGGAGGAACAGCGACAACCUGUGUUGGCUGGACUCACUGCUUGUUGCUCUGGUGAACUGUAAGAGCUUGAGAAAGUGUAAACCUAAAGAUGAGCCUCAGCGGCCAUCUGUCUGGCAGCUGCUGAGAGGAUAUGAGGACGUUUGUGCUGCCAUCCAGGUCCAUCAGCAGACUGGCAAAGAUGGUGUUGUGAGGGUGCCAAAUCAUGUGCUCCAAAAAGCCAAUGCAGAUCUACAGAACCUCAGGAUGUCAAUCUUCAAACUACUUCAGCCCAAGCUGCAUUGCCAACUGGGUCAGAUGGAAACUCCUGUAUUUGCCAUGCCGCUUCUGCUAAAGAUGGACUCUUGGGUGGAGCCUCUCUUCCAGUCAACCUUUUCAUGGGAGUUCAACUGCAGCGGAUGCAAAACCACCACGAAAGAAAGGGUUAUGAACACUCUCCCCACCUUCACAAAAGUUUUGCCUGACUGGAGUCCACUUGAUGCAGUCCACUUGGCCCCGUGCAAUGUGUGCUGCAAGCAGAAUCAGAGGAGGACUAUGAUGCUGGAGAAUGUGCCUCCGGUGUUUGAGCUGCACUUUGUAGAGGGGCUUCCACACAACGAUGUCAGAACCUACACCUUCACCUUCAAGGGGAAACGCUACUCAGUCACCACUGUCAUACAGUACAACCAACAACUCAAGCACUUUGUCACCUGGAUUUGUAAUCCUGAUGGAUCAUGGCUGGAAUAUGACGACUUGAAACAUCCAGACUGUCAGACCCAUCAGAAGCUCCCGGUCCCUGCUCAGGAGAUACAUGUCGUCUUCUGGGAGGUGGAGGAAUAUAAAGAGCCUCGUGCCUGUUCUCCCUCCAGCACAUUUGCUGAAGCUCCCACAUCCAAAAAUGAAACAAACCCCAGUCUGGGUAAUGAAGGCUUAACAGCAGAUGAACUGUUGGAUCACACCUCAGAUCACUGUCUACUCAUGUCUCACAAUGACACCGACAUCAUCUGUGCACUUUCACCAUCUGAAGACAACAUGGACACAACUGUCAGAGCAGCUGUUGACACAUCGAUAGGCUCCACAACGCUGCUCGACACCUUCGAGGGCCUUUCCCAUGAUGACAUCAUCACACUCACACUGGUGGAAAUAAAUCCCGAUUCAGAGAUGCAGCCUUUAAAUGAAAAAGAACAAACUGAGGAUUUGAGUGUUCCCAACGAGAAUGAAAUGACUGACUCUACACCAGAUAGCUCCUCCGCUGUAAUAGGGAGUGAAAUGUCUCACUGCCCUGUUGAUGAGCUCCCCUCCACCUCCUCUUUAUCAGAUUCUGGGGAUGGCUCGUCCAGUGAUCCUACGUUUGUGCCUGGUGGCACGAGGGGACAAAGGAAGGGAAGACGAGCUGGCAGAGGCAAAACAGUCAGCAGACAAACGGGUAAAAGGAAAGCAGCGCCAAAAGCAGCAGCAGCACAUAUUUCACCACCUGCAUCUUCAGAGCCCUCCAAAGCAGUCGGUAGUGAAACUGAAACUGCUGCUGCUACUGCUGCUGAGGAUAACCCACCGCCUGUUGAAACUACACAGCAAGUAUCCCCCGUCUCCUCCACAGAUACCUCACCCGUCGCCACUGCUCAGAAAACUCUCACAAUGCCCUAUCAGAAAUCAAGCUGGUCCUUCCUGCUCAGCAAACACCCACUAAACCCACUUCACAAGUCGAUUGCUAAACUUGCCACCACCGACACACCUACCUCUGCCACCACAGUAAAGCCCACGCCUCCCACUCACUCUACGCCCAACCCCGUGAGAAGACAGCAGACAUCUGCAGGACUCUUCCCUAAACCAAAACUCAGGACAGAGGAGGACGGAGGUCUCCCGCUUAAAGCUGCAGAAAUGUACAGAGGAUUCGGUACAAAGAGCUCAAACACCCCGAGUCCGCUCCCAUCUCCUUCACUUCUCAAUGGCAGAUCAAAGCUGGUUCAGCCCUCACCUUCUAACCACCAUAAACCCCUCACAAACACUACAGUGGUGCCUGGUACACCGCUUCCUGUGCCUGGAGCGAAGUGGCUACCUGAAAUAUCCUCCUCAAAGAAACACCGCAGCCACUCCUCAAAGAUUCCUCCAGGUCUCAGCGAAACAGAAGUCCUCAGGUACAAGCUGAUGAAGAAACUGAGGGCAAAGAAGAAGAAGCUCGCUGAGCUCAAUCAAAUGUUGGGUCAUCAGGGGGGAGCCCAUCUCCGACCGGACAGCACCGCCCUGGGCUCCCCUAACUCCGUCACCUCCAGCACUUACGAUAGCUCUGUCUGCGAUGACAUCCUCUCGGACCUGCUCUCUCCGGCAACGACGGCCAGCAACCUUUCACCAGACAGCACAGGCUUCCUUGAGAUGAUCGCCAAUGGGCAAGAUGGAGCAGAGCAGUUGGACUGUGGAGUCAGUGCAGUUGGUGCAGUGUCACAGACGAAUGUGCACAACACUGAAAACUUCCUGGAGGAGUAUCUCUCGCAGGCUGUGGCGCAGAGACCGACGGAGAUGGAGACAGAGGCACUCAGUGCACUUGAACUUUUCAUGUGAGCUGUGGGGGGGGGGGGGGUGCGCAAUCUCCAAUCACAAAUAUCAUGAACCAUACCUUCUAUGAGUUAGAAUCAUGACAGAAAUUAUAUGAAAUUGACUGUACACCUCAUCUGUCACUCAGACAUGUCCUGAGCAGCCUUUCCCACAUGAAGAUAUAGUUUAUGGUUAUUGAAUCUCUGUGUAGCUGUUACUAAUUUCGAUGAAUUAAUGAAGGUUAUAUGAUUGUUUAGUAUUAUUUAUGUGGAACAUUUGGAAACCCUAAAAUUCUUUUGUGUAAGUUUGGCACUUAGUUGUGUAUAUUUUGUAUGUAAAUGGGCUGUAUGUUUACAGCCAGCGCUGUUUGUUUGCUCUGUUUUGUUGUUUUGAAAAACUACUUGAACAUUCUCAUGGAAUCUAAUUUUUUAAAAUGUCAUUUAAUAAAUACUUUAGGUGACUCUAGUGUCUGUUGCACAAAUUGUAGAAAAUGUGUGCAGUUUUGUUUCAGCUUUCUCAGUGAGAGAAUAAAAUAUUUAUAUUUUCUGUUUUUCGAAAGUCA